GAGAUGAGAGCCGUUAAUCUCUGUAUGCGUGUUGUUUGGAGAUGAAGUUGGGAUCUUAGUGUCUUUCAGUUUGAGAUUAGAGCGUGGAAAGUAGUCUGAGAAGCGCUGUGCCACCAUGAAGUUCACUCUGGAGGAGAUAAACCAGCUGGAGAAGGUGGAAUUCGAGGAGGUUUUUAAGAAUGUUGUUGAGUGCUUUCCGGACGCGGCUAAGAAUGUGUCCAAUCAGGCUCCGUUCGCCACAUUUUUCGCCCUUUUGGAAGCGUUUAUGCAGCAUCUCGAUCAACUGGAUCCAAUGAAGAAGCUGGAAAUUGUGAAGCUACACCCACACUUGGUUCCGGAGAUCAACAAAACCAAUCUCACCGAUGAAUCAGCUUCUGAGCAGUCAACUGUGGGACUCAAUAGGAUCACCAGUGAAGAGAAGAAGGUCAUCCUGAGGGCGUCAAUUGAGAACUACUGGAAGAAGUUCAACUUCCCCUUCGUGAUCUGCGUGCGCGAGUGCAAGAGCACGGACGACAUCAUCAGCGCCGUGCAGGAGAGACUCUCCAGGACACCCGAAGAGGAGGUCCAGGUGGCGUUUGAGCACGUGAAAAAGAUCACAUCUCUGAGAAUUGCUGACAUUGUGUCACAUUGAAUAUCUUUUUCGAUAAAGUAUUGUUUUUAUUACUUUUCUUCUCGUGAAUGUUUACACUAUUAAAUGUGUUUUUGCGUACAGAUACAAAA